AUGUCACGUCCAUUCAUAUCAUCAACCGCUCGACGGUUAUCACCCUUCCAGCAUUGCCGGCAGCUCUCAACCUCCCGACCUGCCUGCCGUCUCUCCGCAUCCUCCGGGAAACUCACUACUCGCCGGCCAAGUUCUCUAGCAGCAUCCCCCGCGUUUCUCACUAGACCUUCAGCGCCGCGAUCCUCUACGCCUCUUUCUCGUUUCUGUCAGCGCUACGCCUCUUUCUCUUCCUCGACCAUUCGUCCAGCAACCAAAGUCCUACAAAAUCCCAGGACCGGAGACGAAGGCCAGGCACUCGUGAUCGAGAUCUCACCUCGGGCAGUUGAGCGCCUCCGCGAAAUCACCGACCCAUCCUCCUCUCCCUCCGCCACAAAGGAAGAGAACCCCUAUCACCACCUGCGCAUCACCGUCACCAGCGGUGGCUGCCACGGUUUCCAGUACAUGAUGUCUCUGGAGUCCGCCUCGAAGAUCGACGCCGAAGAAGACACCGUCUUCGAGGGCGAGGCCGACGCCUCUUCCGAGUCCACAUCACAUGCCGCCGGCGAAGCCAAGGUCGUUAUGGACGAACCGUCUCUUGAGUUGCUGUCGGGGAGCACUGUCGAUUAUACUACUGAGCUGAUUGGCAGCCAGUUCAAGAUCGUGGAUAAUCCGCGUGCCUCGAGUAAUUGUGGGUGUGGGACGAGUUUCGAUGUCACGGAUUAA